UUUCUGGCAGCACUAGUGACAGGGGAAAUUUCCACAAAAAUCCACGUGAAAAUUAAUAUUUAUUUUAGCCAAUUAAUUAGGUAAUUUUCCGUGUGAUUUUCAGCGUGAAAACUCUCUGAAUCUCUUGCCGAGGUGUCUAUCUGUGGAUUUGUGUGAUUUUUGGGUAUAAAAAGUGACUUUUGUGAGUGCAGUUGGAUCAAUAAAUCCUUUACCUUUUUUUCGUACGAGAAGAGCUCUUUGGGACUGUGAGUUUUAUCGAUUGGUGCCCAAGAAGAGCUUUUUCGGGAGUUUUCUUGCUACAAGUGCUUGUUUAGACGUUUCCUUGUGUGGAAUUUAGUAAGAAUUUUUUUGGUAGGAAAAGAAAAUGCCAUCUGAAGCAAAGAAGCGUGAGGCUCAACGCAAAAAGGAGGCUGCAAAGAACCGACAGAAAGCCGGAUCAUCAAGUGCGGGAGCUGAAAAGAAGGAACAACCCCCGCAGAAUGGAAGUACAUCGAAUGGGGCCACGGAGAUGACAGAAGAGGAGCGUCUGUGUGCAAAGUUGGACGAGGAGGCAAGGAUUAGUGCCGAUGCAAGAGCCUGUACUGGCACAAUGGCUCUCCAUCCACGUUCCAGAGACAUUAAACUGGCCAAUUUCUCCAUAACCUUCUUUGGCUGUGAAUUGCUGCAGGAUACAAUGCUUGAACUCAAUUGUGGACGUCGCUAUGGAAUCAUUGGGCUCAAUGGUUGUGGAAAAUCUUCGUUGUUGUCUGUGCUGGGAAACCGUGAAGUACCCAUCCCUGAGCAUAUUGACAUCUUCCAUUUGACUCGAGAGAUUCCAGCCAGUACUAAGUCAGCCCUGCAGUGUGUGAUGGAAGUGGAUGAGGAGCGUAUUAAAUUGGAGAAAUUGGCUGAAGAUCUGGCCCAGUGUGAAGAUGAUGAGUCUCAGGAGCAGCUAAUGGAUGUCUAUGAUCGUUUGGAUGAUAUGGCAGCUGAUCAGGCUGAGGCUAAAGCAGCUCGAAUUCUCCAUGGAUUGGGAUUCUCCAAGGAGAUGCAGCAGAAGCAAGCUAAGGAUUUCUCCGGAGGCUGGCGCAUGAGAAUUGCUCUGGCCAGAGCUCUCUAUGUCAAACCUCAUUUGCUGCUCUUGGACGAGCCAACAAAUCAUCUUGAUCUGGAUGCAUGUGUGUGGCUGGAGGAAGAACUGAAGUCCUACAAGAGGAUUCUCAUGAUAAUCUCUCACUCUCAGGACUUUCUCAAUGGUGUCUGCACAAAUAUUAUACAUAUGACCAAGAAGCGCCUCAAGUACUACACAGGAAACUAUGAAGCCUUUGUGAGGACACGAAUGGAACUGCUGGAAAAUCAGAUGAAGCAGUACAAUUGGGAGCAGGAUCAGAUAGCUCAUAUGAAGAACUACAUUGCACGUUUUGGACACGGAUCGGCCAAAUUGGCCAGACAGGCUCAAUCCAAGGAGAAGACAUUGGCUAAGAUGGUGGCACAGGGAUUGACGGAGAAGGUGGUGGAUGACAAAGUGCUCAAUUUUUACUUUCCCUCCUGCGGAACGAUUCCACCGCCCGUGAUUAUGGUGCAGAAUGUGAGUUUCCGCUACAACGACACAUCGCCCUACAUCUACAAAAAUUUGGAAUUUGGCAUUGAUUUGGACACGAGACUAGCCCUCGUGGGACCCAAUGGGGCUGGCAAAAGUACCCUCCUCAAGCUCCUCUAUGGUGAUCUUGUGCCCACAGCCGGAAUGAUCCGCAAGAAUUCUCAUCUGCGUAUUGCCAGGUACCAUCAGCAUUUGCAUGAGUUGCUGGAUCUGGACUUGAGUCCACUGGAAUACAUGAUGAAGGCCUUUCCGGAAGUGAAGGAGCGCGAGGAGAUGCGAAAGAUUAUUGGGAGAUAUGGGCUGACAGGGCGUCAGCAGAUCUGCCCGAUGAGGCAGCUGUCGGAUGGACAGCGAUGUAGAGUGGUGUUUGCAUGGCUGGCAUGGCAAUCGCCUCACAUGCUGCUCCUGGACGAACCGACUAAUCACUUGGACAUGGAGACAAUUGACGCUCUGGCAGAUGCCAUCAAUGACUUCGAAGGCGGAAUGGUGCUCGUCAGUCACGAUUUUAGGCUGAUCAACCAGGUGGCCGAAGAAAUUUGGGUAUGCGAAAAUUCAACAGUGACCAAAUGGAAAGGAAAUAUUCUCGACUACAAGGAUCACCUCAAGUCCAAGAUCCAAAAGGAGGGGGAGAAGCGUGAAGGUGGCAAGAAGAAGUAAUCCCAUUGAUGGAGAUAUCUCUCGAUAUUUGCACAUAUUCUAUUUCACAAACAACUUAGAAGUUUCAACCCAUUUUCCCAGGACUUUCCGGAGGUGAAAAUAAUAAAUUCUUGUGUAUUUAUUUGAAAUAGUAUGAUGAGAGCGCAAGUUCAAUAAAUUCCGCUUGGAAGUUAGUUUCCCA